AUGGGCGAGAGCAUUAUCGCCAGCGAAGAUGCAUUUAAGAACGAAGAGCUAAGGUCUUUGGUUGAUCUCUAUUAUGAGAGUUCCACGAAGACUUUAGAUCUAUUUAAUACAGUGGGGAACUCCGCCAAUAAAGCAAAGUUAAGCAUUGUGAUCCUCCGAACGGCGAUCCAACAGUUUGAAAAGGAGUCGAAGGACACAGAUCUUGGAGGAAACAAGAAGAAGUACGAGGGUACGUUGGAGGAGCUGAACAAGGUUAAAGCUAUGGGAGAUCCUUUUGGUGACGAGUAUAAGAAUCAGAUGAAGUCUGUACGCGAGGAGCAGCUUAUUCUUUUAGAGAAGUUCCAUGAGCUGGCGGUGAAGCUUGAUAGUAAAAAGAAGAUAUUAAAGAGAAAGAGGAGAUGGGUAACUAUUGUUUACGCUACUGCGGCUAUGUCUUUUUUGGCCGUAGAGAUUUGUCUAUUCAUAGUCAUACCUCCGUUGGGGUUGUAUACUGCGUUUGGGGUUGCGACUGGGUUGAACUACGUGAUUGGAACUGUAGGAGUAUUGGUCCAUAAGGUGUUGAAGAACCGUGAGAAGGAUUUGGAUAGACAGAAAGAGGUGGUCAAUAAAAUGAAGGACAACACGAAUGUCAACAUCCAAGCGACAAAUACGAUACAUAGCCUAGUCGAGAAGCUUAUUAUAAGUCUCUCAUUGAUUUUGGGGUCAGUGGAGCGUGCUGUGGUGAAAAAAGAAGAGGAGGCCGUCAAACCUGUGAUGGACCUAAUUCGUGACGAAGUGGAUACGUUUGCUACGGCAAUCAAGGAAGUUGGUGAAGCUGUGGCUACGUGUAGCACAUGUGUGGCUUCGGGGAAACUGCAAGUUCUGGAACACAUAACCAAUUCAAUGUCAUCGAAAGGGAAGAAACUACACGUUUUGGAACGCAUAACCAAUAAAAUGUCAUCCAAAGGGAAGAAGAAGUAA